GUAUAGCCAGUGUCAUGCCUGUAUGCAUGUAUAAUAUGCUCUUAUUAGAUAGAUUAGCCAAGAUUGUGUUGCAAAUUAGGAAAGUUAAGAUUUCAACAGUGACUUGUAUGUUUGAAUGAUUUAUGGAAUCCUGAUUGGUUUUUAUGUGAGAUGAAAUACAUAUGUGUAUGCAUCAUAGAUUUUAUUAAGAAUUUAUAUCUUGAACGUUUUUGUGAUGUAUAUUUACACUAUUCAGGACAUAGUUAGAAAACAAAAGGUUAUAAAUGGAGACUGUGAUGAAUACACUUACAUAUCUUCAGUUUUAUGAAUAAAUUUAAUGAAUAACUUGUCAUGUAGGUUAAAUUACAUGCCUGGGAUUGUAGUUAAACAUUUGAAAAGGACUUAAGAAAUGUGAAUAAGUAAGAUCUAUAUUUGGCAAUGUGACUGGAUAUAUCAAUAUAUUGUACACCAUACUGACGACUGAAGAUCGUGACAAGAGGUCAAAAUGUCGUCCAUCCCUCUCUUAGUCAACCACAGGUACCCAAACAGAAUGGGUGACCAGCCUUAUUUGGAGGACAAACCGGACAGUGCUAGAGGCUGGCAGCAACAGGGGGAUGAUGUACCCAUCGAUAUUGAGCAGAUGCACACACUGUACAUUCCUAAGCAUGAUGGCGGAAAGACUUUAAUGCGUCGGCGUCGGACCUCCUCCAAGCGGAGGUCGUCGUCACGGAAAAAAAAAAAUGAGCACAUGGACAUGAAUGAUCUCCUUGAUGAUGAAGACAACCACCUGCUGCCAAGUCUCCGCAUGCAGCGCAGGCAGCGGAUCAAGUCACUGAAGGACCGUCGCCAUGACCUUGAGGAUGAAAAGCGAGCGGAGGACGAAGAGGAGGAGACACUGAAGCAGCGUUUUCAGAACAUGAAGAAUAGGGACGACAUCGGCACCUCCCACCUUGCUGACCUCCUUCGGUCCUCGACGUUACGCAAGAUGAAGAAAAUGACCGACUGGAAAGAACCAAGGGUGUUUGAACCAAAACAUAAUAGGAGAAUGGAAAGACUGAAAAGACGAAAACGUGAACUAUUGUCACGAUUUUCAGUAUGGCUGACGUCAUUCAAAAUCAUUGAAGGCAAGUUUGGGACUGCAGUGAUGAUUUAUUUCCGCUUCAUCCGCUGGCUCUUCUUCCUCAACCUAUUCCUAACCCUUGUCUGGAUCUGUGUCAUUAUCAUCCCCUUCCUGGCCCAGGGAUCCAUCUCAUUUUCCCAGACUGUGAACAUCCCAACCAUAAACUCCACCAACUACCACGGUUUGGCCACAAACUGCACGAAUGAAUAUCACGUGUACAGUAGCACUAUACAGAAGAAGGAUUCGACAUUUGAAAAAGUGUUGGAUGUCCUGCAGGGAACUGGUUGGAUGGAGCGCACAGUGCUGUUUUACGGAUACUACUACAAUAGCACACUUAAGGAGGGGCAUGAGGAUUACUACAACUACAACAUGGGCCUGGCAUACCUUCUCUCAUUUGGAGUUUCUUUCCUUGUAUGUCUCCUGCUCAUUGUGAGGAGUUCAGCACAGUCUGUGAAAACAACAUUUGGUUUGGAGACAUCAGUGGCAGCCUACACUAACAGGGUUAUUGCGGGCUGGGACUUCGCCAUCUCCAAUAAGAAGGCUGCCAAGGUCAAGAAGGCAAACCUAUACUUUGAAUUCAAGUCGAGUCUGGAGGAGGAGACAAACAAGAGACGUCGGGAGGAUCGAACUGCCAACAAGGUGGCCACCAUUACAUUUAUCCGCAUCAUGGUUCACAGCACUGUUCUUGGACUCCUGGCUGGGUCACUCUUCCUUGUGUACUAUACUACUGACAAACUGCUACAGUUGCAAGAGCGUGACUUGAGUGAGAUAGUGGCCCUGAUUGUACAGUACCUGCCGUAUCUGACCAUCACCGUGCUCAACUUCUCCAUCCCCAUCGUGUUCCAGAAACUAGUUGUCCUCGAGGAUUACUCACCCAACCUCGCACUCAAGCUUACUCUCUUCAGGUCCAUUAUAUUACGGCUUGCAUCGCUGGUUGUGCUGAUAAUAUCGCUGUACCGUCUCCUCAUUAGCAACUCUGACCCCGAGGCAGGCUUCUGCGGGAACAGACUCUGGGAAAAAACUGCAACCGAUGUCAAAGGAAGCAUAAAGUGUUGGGAGACGUAUGUGGGACAGCAGAUCUACAAGCUGGUCUUGCUGGAUCUGAUUGUGGAGACGAGCAUUGUUGUGUUCAUACAGCUUCCUCGCAGGUUAAUCUUUGACAGAUUUGGCGAUACUUGGCUCAUCAAGAAGAUAGGACCCAAUGAGUUUGACCUGCCACAAAGCGUUAUAGACAUCAUAUACUCCCAAACUCUCUGCUGGUUGGGGAUGUUUUUCAGCCCUCUAAUCCCACUAAUGACUUUCAUCAAAUGCUUCAUUUUCUUCUACCUUCGAAAGUGGGCUUUGAUGUAUUUGAAUGCAAAGUGGUCGUUGCUGUCCCACUGCGCCCAAACAGAGAACACGUACCGCACAUCACGCUCACACUCCCUUUUCAUGUUUGUUUUGCUUCUAUCCUUUGUGUUCGCAUUCGCCCCAAUAGGAUAUAUGAUCAGCAGUAUGACCCCGAGUCAGAGUUGUGGACCUUUCCGGGUGUAUAGUUCCACAAACUACACAAUGUUCACUGCAUUGUCUAACGAAGUGGAGACAUGGCCAGGGACUCUAACCAAAUUUAUCUUCUUUCUCGGCUCAUCUGGAUUCUUCAUCCCUGCCAUUAUUCUACUUGGGUUACUGAUGUACUACUUUUGGUUACUAAGCCAAGGCUACAAACACAGAGAAAAGAUCCUUAGCGAGCAAUUGAAACUAGUUUCCAAAGAUAAACAGUUUUUACUGAACAGAGUCAAUGAAGUUUUAGUUAGUUCCACAUAGCAGCAGUGCACACAGAAUCCAUAGUGUAUUACCUUAAGUGCUGAAAUGAACAACCAUAAUUGUCUAUUGCAAUUUAACCUAGGAUUAGUGCCGAGAAGAAAUGAACUCUAAAGUUAUGAAAAACAAGUUUUGCAAAAUAAUGUGCCUCUAUGGUUAGUGCCAAGAAAAAAUGAACUAAUAAUGAAAAUAAUGACAAUCAAGUUUUGCAAAAUAAUGUGCCAAGAGUUUUAGCUCCAGCAGGUUUUGCACAAUUGUAAAGACAUUAACUACUGUUCAAACGUUUGGAAGUGAAAGUGUUGAUAUAGCAGAGGAUUUAUGCAUACAUUCUGUGAUUACUUUAUACAUGUACAUGUUUGUGUUUUUUCAACUGCCGCUCAAUUAUUCUUUGCCUUAUGUUUGGUGUAGAUAGCUGCUGUAUUUGAUGUCUUUCUAUACAAUAGCACAUUGUCUGGGACAGUAUUAUUCAGGAAAUUGGCAUUCAGAAAUGUUCAGACACAGCCUUCCAGUCUUAUACAGAACAACCUGUUUAUUGUUUUUACCUCUUUUAUCACCUUCAAUGCCAAUGCUCAUUCUGUUUUAAAAUAGCUGAUGGUAUUCCUUUUAAGUUCCCGGAGGUUAGGCCAAUUAAAAUCGCACUGUCUGCUCAUCCUGUUUUGGCAUGUCAGGGCUUUAACUUAGUGUUAAACAGUUGGAUUUUGAAAUUAACCUGGCUCAGAUGUUCAACAAACAAGGCAACAUGUUGUAGGCAAGACCCAUGUCCCUACCUUGAUGGUCAAUGUCACACCCUAAGGUUAAUUAUAACAGAAUGCUCCAUAUAUGCACAUAGCAAAUAGGGGGUUGUGUCAGAGCAGUAACUUUGUCAUGCAAGGGGGGAUAUUGUAUAAUAUGCCAUGUUCAGCAGACAAAGGUGACAUUGUAAGAUGCAGGUUCAUUGCUCUGGAUGUGUGACUUGCAAAUCCCUGGUCCUUACCUCAUAGUUCAUUGCUCCCCCACACUUGAAGUCAACAAGCAUGGGGUCUUACAUACAUGCUUAUUAACUAUGUAAGCACUUUCUGGAUGUAUUAUUUGAUUGAUUUGAUACUUAAUUUGGCCAUCAUUGUUUUUGAUAAAUGAUGUACAUACCAAUAAUUGCGAGACUGAGACCUUCUGAUUUACACUUACAUGAAAAUGUGCACCUCUUAAGACUUGAGCUUAUAUUAUAAGCUAAAAGUAGCUAACUUUCUGAAAUCAACUGAUAUAGAUUAUAAACUGGUGUCUGUCAAAGUCUACAAAAUUCUCAAUGAUUUUAUAUGCUGACUGUAACAUAAACUUAUACACACAAAUAUAAUUAAACCUAUUUUUAUUCUAAAUGAAGACAUGUUUGUCUAAAUUUUGUUUCCUUUUCCUAUAUGUUUGUAUUGUGCAAUAUACUAGUAUGUACAACUCCCAACAGAUAAAUACCAGUGGUGUUUCAUGGGAUUAAUCAGCUAAGGAGUUUAUAUAUAGUACCGUAAUAUAAUGUUUGGCAACAUUAUUCAUUUACAAAAUGAUUCAACACUGAAAUAUAUAUUUUAAGUUGUUUUCUUUAUAGGUCUGUUCACUUGUGAUUUUUUUAUUAUUUACAAAUCGGAUGAUUUCCACUUUCCAGCAGUUUUUUUCAAAAUGUUAAGCUUAUUUACAAUAUGCCUUUAUAGAUAUCAUGUGUUACAAUGAAAGUGCAGUUGUCUGGAUAUACUCAUGUAAAUCUAUAUUUUACUCAUGUCUUCCAUCCAUUUCUAGCAUAUGUUUUUUCUUGUGCAUAUGUGUUUAAGUUUUAUUUACUCAAGUAAUUGCUUUCCCUAUUUGAUAUUAUGGAUAUUAUAUAUAACAAUUACAAUAAUAAGAAACUCAGUUCUGUCUGAACUAUGCAACUUUUAGCAUAUGGUCAUAGGAAAUGGUCUGUUAUUAGUAUAAAGUUUAUUGGUAUAUAAAGGCAUUUUAUUUUAUGUUAUUAUCUGAAAGCUUAUGUGAACCUGUUGGUUACUUUUGACUGUAAUUUAUACAAAUAUAGAAUGUUAUGUUACUUUGAACAAUGUUGAAUUGUUCAUUGUUUUUAUAUAUAAUAAAGGACAAUCUCAUAGAAAU